CUCGAGGAGCAGGGUGGCAGUUUGGCAAAGCGAAAGCCCCCAGGCUUCAGCCCACAGUCUCUCCAAGUACAGUUUCGGGGAGUUUUCCAGAAUGAUUCAUCUCAUUGUGGGUGAUUGUUUUAAAGCCACAAGCUGUCGCUGGAGACGCUCUCUGAAUUUUUAACCUCAUUCUUGCGCUAGGUAAUUUGACAGUUCAGAAAACUGCCCACUAGGAGUCCGAGCUCUCGAUGGUCAUUUAAGAGCUGUGAACAUGGUCAAGGUGAUGAGUAGAGAGCAGCGCUUUUCCUUCCGCCCACUCUGCUACCUGGAGUGGAAACCACUGCAGCUUGGGUUCAUCCUUGGGCCCACUUUUUCAGAUAGCAGUGCUGUUUAAGAAGUUAAUAUUCUUUAUGUAGACUCUUCACAGUUCAAGGCCUAUGCAGAUGUCUUGUAAUCUCUGUCAUUUUGCCAAGGCAGCUUGAAUGAUGACCACAGCAAGGAUCAGCCCGAUGGCCCAGGAGAGUUGGGAAUUAGUUGUGGUUAACUGUAUUUGGCCUCAGGUCAAAAGUCCGUUUAAAAAGUGGGCACCAGAUGCUACAGCGUAGAGGUGGGGGGACGAAGACCCAAUCCCUGAACCGUUCUGCAAACGUCACGCUGAACCUGGACUCGAAGAGAAUCGCAGGAGCUGCUGAUUCGCGUCAAGGUUGGACCCACCCACGACGUCUCACUGAACCUGGAUUCAUACUAGUUGUUCUUUUCCACCUGCAGAGAAGCACUGAGUCUUUAUCUCAUUGGCACCUCCUGACAACUUUUGGAGGUAAAUAAAACCUCUGUUCCUGUAUCGGAGAAGAUGGACAGAGGGACGAGGAAAGGACACUCAUGUGAGCUUCCGCGAGCUCGCUGCGGGUGGCUCGGAAGCGUUUUCUCAUGAAGCUUCGUGGCCAUCUUGCAUCUACAGCCAAGGGAGAUGAGACCCGGGAGGCGUGAGUGACUUGCCCUGGGACCCGCGGCCGGCUGGACCCUCACCAGGCCCACCGCUUCUCCAUGACCUGACCUGGGGCGCCAUCCCGGCGUGCCUUCUCCUCCAGGAUGUGAAGCAGGCAGAGAAGCAAAGUGCCGCCUCUCUGCACGUCCCGUCGGCUAGGAUGUAUCUCAUGAAUGCGCCUCCUGUGCUCGCCCUGCCGUCCAAAUGGGAGGCCUUUGGCCCACCCGGGAGCUGUAGGUUUCCCGGAUGCUUCUCGGAGCCGAAGGAGGGCGUCCCGAGAGCGGCGGUGAGCGCCAAGGUGCAGGCGGUCAUCAGCACGCUUCAGGGGGACGGGGCCACCCUGGGCAUGAGUGGCGAGCAUGGCCGGCAGAGAAGCCAGAGAGCGGAGAGGGGCCGUGGCACCAGGCUGGCUACCAGCCCCGCCUUUGCCGCCUGUGGUCUUGCUGUUGGUUUUGACCCCAAGGGGGAGGAGGAGGCCGCGGACCUUGGCCCCCUGGUGCUGGAUCCGGACAGUGAUGAUUCCGUGGACCGCGACAUUGAGGAAGCCAUCCAGGAGUACCUGAAGGCCAAGAGCGGGGCCGCCCGGCCUCCUGCAGCCAGUCGAUGCAAACCAGAGCCGCCUCCGAGCGGCACCCCGACCGCCCUGUGCCCCCCAGACCUUGCAGCUGGCCCCACUGGUGUCCCCGGCAGCCACAGGGGAGUCGGCCAGGACCAGGGCUCUGCCUCGCCACUCAGCGUGAGCAGUGAGGACUCCUUCGAACAGAGCAUCCGGGCAGAGAUCGAACAGUUCCUAAGUGAGAAGAGGCAGCACGAAACCCAAAAAUGCGACGUUUCUGCAGACAAAAAACCAGACCCCGGUGACGGCUUGGCCCAGUCGGCGUCUAGAUCCAGCAGAGAGCCGACGGGCAAGGCGUACCAGCAGGAGCUGGCGGGCGCCUGUAAGGAAUUUACCUUCCGGAAGCCUCCCAGGUCCACAAAGGCUGGCGUGCUGCCCAGAGGCCCCAGGUGCAAGGUCACCGUUGAGCCCGCCGUGGCUGCGGGCCGCCCUGCAGAAGCAGCCCCUGGUAAAGUCGGGGUCAGGAGGGGCACCGGCUCAGGGAAGAGGGGAAGGCGAGCCAGGAGCGCGGCCCUGGUGCCUGAGGCGGCCGACUCAAGCAGCGAUGAUGGCAUCGAGGAGGCCAUCCAGCUGUACCAGCUGGAGAAGAGGAAGGAGGCAGGUGGCGAGCCGCUGCAGAGGGCCCUGCCCGCGGAGGAGAAGGGCCCCGGGCCCCCUGCACACGGCACGGGCCUCUGCACCAAGAGCACCUGGCUCGAAGGCCACGGGAAGACCCCGGGCAAGAAGAAGCCGGUGGCCACCAAGGCCGCGGACUUCAGCCCGGGUGGCCUGGACCCCGACCACCCCUCCAGGCCUCCCAGGGAAACCGUGGCUCCUGCACCUCCAGGAAGUACAGCUGCCGAAAGCAAGUCUGUGGACGGGUCCCCGUGCCGCGCAGACACAUCCGCGGAGCUGAUGUGCGCUGAAGCGAUCCUGGACAUUUCCAAAACGAUCCUGCCGGGUCCCCUGGAGGGCGGCACCAGAUCCCCGCCCACCAGCCCACUCCUGUAUCCCCACGACGUGCCUUCCUGCUCCGACGGUGACAGCAGCUCUGUGGACAGCGACGACAGCAUCGAACAGGAAAUCCGGACGUUCUUGGCUCUGAAGGCGCAGUCAGGGGGGCUGCUGCCCAGGACGGAGACGUGCCCGCCACCAGCACACAGCCCGCUGCUGCCGUCCGGCCUCAGCGCCUCGGCCUCCAAAUCGCCGGACCUGUCACUGAGCUGCAAGAGGAAACGCGGAGCAGGCAGCACCGCCGUGCGGCCGUGCACGUCCAAGAGGACCAGAGACACGGCCGAGGCGCAGGAGGGCGCCCGGGACGCCGACCGCAGCCAGGGGAGAGCGCAGCCCAGCCAGGGGAAAGCCAGCGAGGCCCCGGGAAGGGAGGGUGAGACCUGGGGCCAGCCUCUCCCCUGCAGGACGGGCGUGCUGGGUGAUGAGCACGGGGCUCCGGUCACGCAGGGUACCGUGUUGCCAGGCCCCGGGAAGGCGGCCGAGGCGAGGCGCGUGGAUGAGAAGGAGAGUUCCGAGGACAAGAGCAGCUCGCUGGACAGUGACGAGGACCUGGACACGGCCAUCAAGGACCUGCUGCGGUCCAAGCGGAGGCUCCGGAAGAGGUGCAAAGACCCCAGAGCCGGCUGCAAGAAGAGGGUCAGGUUCAGCACCACGGAGACGCAGUUCCUGGAUAAAGUAGGGGGCUUCCCGAAAGACUGGAAAGACCGAAGCCCACAUCUGCUGAAAAGCUGCCUCUCAAAGUCCAGAAAAGAGAGCCCGGGGAGACCCUCGCACGUCCUCUGCCAAGAAGCGGUGAGAGCAAAGCCAGAUGGCGUGGCAGCCGAGGACGCGCCCCCGGCUCCCCGGUCCAGGGGCCAAGCUGCAGGAAGGAGCCUGUUCUCUGGUGAAUCGGAAGCCCGUGAACUUCGUGGUCCGGCCCCAAGCCCCAGUUCCCUGUCUGAUGACAGCAGCUCUGUAGACAGCGAUGACAGCAUUGAACUGGAGAUUAGGAAGUUUUUGGCCGAAAAGGCCAAGGAGUCCGUGAGCGGAUCAGAAAUUCAAGGAGGGGGCCCCACCGCUCUCGGGACGGGGAAUGGGGGCAAGCCAGAGCUGCCGUGCCGGAAAGUGCCACCUCCCGGCCCGGCCCUUCAGCCUGGCAUGUGCACCCGGAGCCAGAGGUGCAGGGGGCCCUUGCAGCCGGCCGAGGGACCGAGGGGCCCGGGCAGAGCCUUCGCUCCGGCCGGGAGGAGCAGCCCCCGCGCCGAGCAGGCCUGCAGCCCUGCAGCCCUGGCCAGAUGCGAACUGGUGCCGCCCAGGAGCGCCAGCGGGACCGCGUCUGCCAAAGGGUCACCAGCCAGUAGGAGAACCGCCUAUGUGCCCAAAGAUAAGAGCCCGAGGGGGGCCGAGGCUGCCGCGGGGGAAAGCGCAUUGGCUCAGCUCCCGAGCUGCGUGGAGGCUGGCGCUCGGGCAGAGAGCCGGAGCUCACUGGCACGGACCCCAGGCGCCGAGCAAGAGGGGAGGCCCCGGGCCGGCCUCGCCCUGCCCUGGACUGACUUCUCCCCCCAGAGCCGGUUGCAGAGCACCUGGGCACUGAACACGAAAGGCAGGGACACGGCGGCGUGGAAAGGGGGCCUCAGGGGCCAGAGAGAGAAGCGGCUGGAGGGCCAGGCCCGGGGCUCGCCCAGCCUCGCCAUGGACCCCAAGAGAGGCCUGCCUUUUGCCGGCUUCUCACCACUGCUCUCCACGCAGCUGUUUCACUUCGGGAAGAGUGUCUCCUGGGGCGGGAAGCAGGCCAGCCUCUUCAGUCCCCCCCUGAGCCUGCCUCUACAGGGCGCAUCCUUCUCGGCCUUCCGAGAGACCCAGGCUGGCCACGGCCCAGUGUUCGGAAGCUCACACUUGCUGGUGAAGCAGGAGGGUGGCCGCUGGCCGCCCAGGAAGUCCCAGGCAGGGCUCAGUCUGCCCGACAGGAGGAACUCGGGGCCGGAGGAGAGCAUCUUGGACCUGCGGUACAGGCGGAGGGGGGCGGACAGAGACGAUGAAGACCAAGAGGCCCUGGGCAGCGACGCCAGCGAGUUCAGCGAUGCGUCUGUGGAGGAGGGCGGCAGCCUCUUGGCCAAGGGCCCCGUCCUCCAGCUGUGAGCACGCUCCUGGCCGCGGCAAGUGUGGGCGAAGCAUGUGUGUGCCCGUCCCCACAUGUCACACGCUCCUGAUGAAAGGGCGGAGCCCUGGAGGCCCCUGUACAGCCUGUAUAUAUGUACACUAACGCGAAAGGAUGUUUUUAUUUAACAGAUGUGUCCUGGUAAAUAUAAUUUUUGUAGGCUUUUUGUAAAUUAUUUAAAGUGCUGUAAAAGAUAUUUUUGGUGAAUACCAUUGUUGGAUUUUGUAGGACGUUCCUCGGGGCAGUUUUCCGUGGUCUCCACACUAGUCUUAGAUCAGCAAACACUUGGUUCCGACUGUCCCUGCACUUGGGGUUGAUCGCUGGUGGCCAUGGCCAGUCGUGGCCACAGUUCGGGCCCGAGGAAGGCAGCAGCUGUUGCCCCGCCUGAGACAUGCCAGAGCGCCCCAGCGGUCUUGGUUGGGACACCCCUGGACAGCACUUCUUAUGUAAAAGAGGCCCGAGCAUGUCUUCAAUUGGAAAAGCGUUUCAAAGCACAAUGGCCAGCGAGCAAACCGGCCAUGCCAGUUGCAAGUAGGAGUCCUGAGUGAGAUCUCAGGGCCGGUCACCAGUUCACACCUGAGGCCUGUGUUGUUUAAUGUCCAGUCCUGUUCAAACAUGACAUGAUUCUACCGGCUCAAUAAACCUCUUUAUACAGGAGCUGCCGUCCUUCGUUUUUAGUCACAGCUCUAAAAAGGUACCAGGCAGCCCGUGUGUUCUCAGUGCCCUUGUCCUGAUCUGGGCAAAGCAAAGAGGCAACGGCUGCUUCAUGGGUUCUGGUGCCCGGAGUCCUGAGGACCGAGGACAAAGCCCACCGCCCUCCGGGAACUGGGCUCGCUGGGACUGUGCUCCACCAGCAGGGGUGUGCCCGUGCUCUCGGUGUGUCUGAGCGGCGGUGCCACGCACACAGGGAAGAGCGUGGCAUCCUGUACUUUGUGCUCUGAGGCUGCUGCGGUGCCCACAGCUACAGAAGAGGCAGGCGGGAACCUGCACACGUGAGGCUGAGCGCUGACGUUUACCCGCGAUCGUCCAGCAAACUGAUCGGCUGCCGCAAUUGUGACAGCUCAUCGGUAGCUGCGGUGGGCCUGGAGCAAGGUUUAAUUUGCAGCUGAAGUUGUUAUUCUGAUGUGCAAGUGAAUUUUCUACAUGUUGUGCCCCCCUAGGUCUUAGCAGGAUCACUUCUGUACCCAAAUGGGGACGUGUGCCAGCACCCACAGUCAGUGUCCGCCGGGUCAGAUGCUGUGACGAGCAGGCCCUGUGGACUCCGUGACCGGCCGGUGCCUACGCGCUGUGCAUCCGAUAUUUCCGUUGUCGAAUAUUCAUUCACUUAAGUGCUUCCUGGAAAAACAAUCCAUGCUUUAAAUUUCAUUUAAUUUUGAAGGACUGCUUUUAACACUUGAAAACAAAAAUCAGCUUGUUUUGUAUAUAAGAACUGGAUUUUUUGUUUGUUUUUUUUUUAUGCUAAUAAAUCAGGCACUGCUCACAAAUCA